AUGGAAGAGGACGCAGGGCCUGGUACAUUCUACAGGCUUCUUAUCGCCCGACUAAGUUGCGAAAACAAAGAUAUUAUUGAGGAAGUCUGUGAAGACAAGCUAGAUCCCAAGCUGUUUCCUUAUUUCGGCGGCGGCCCUGUUCGUGCUGGUGGUCGGGGACCUGGCGGUCCCGAAAGCGGGGGACCCAUCUCAGCGCGCUACGGACAGUGGCAUCGUGACAAGACACAGCAACAGCGCACAGGGCCCCGCCUUAUUUUCUUUAUUUUGGGUGGAAUCUCCUACUCAGAGAUGCGCUGCGCUUACGAGGUGAUGGAGCUGCCAUCUGGCAAGAAUUGGGAUAUUCUUGUUGGCGGUACACAUCUUCUUGUACCUGAAGCCUUCCUAUCCGACCUUGAGAAGCUCUCCUAUAUGCCUGGUGCUGCACCAACCCAAAACACUGGCCCCGGGGGGGGUGCUUCAGCUGGAGUAUCUAGUGCAGGAGGUUCUGGUGUGCCUGUUGGGCCUGACGCUGUUUAG